CUGCAGAGAGAGAGACAUCAGGAACAUCAGAGGUUUGUUCUGCACAUUUAUCUGAAGAUACAUACAGGAUUAUUUAUUUAUUUAUUUAUUUAUUAUGUUUGUUACAGCAGCGCUAUCAAGGAGGGAGGAUAAUGUCGUUUAAAUAUUAUUUUAAGAAUUCUUUAUGCACUGCGAUUGUAUUGUGAGUCCGGAUGCAAAUGCACGUGGACAAUAAUUUGCGCAAACUCCGCUAAUCAGAGCUGCACAAAUCAUACACCAUCAUCAUACGGACUAAUACACCAGCAGUCACCUUCGUACAUCCUAAUUCACUAUUAUACACACUAUUACACCAUCAUUCCGUCUAAUUCACUAUUACACUCAUCAUACACCGUAAUACAUCCAAUUGGACCUGUGAACUGUUGUGGACAUAGUUAAAGCUUAAUGAUGGAGUGGAUCAACGAUUGGCUCUGGAAGCAAGAAUACUGGCUUCCUCCUGGGAUCAGCUGGGAGGAUAUGGAAAAGAUGGAGGGAUUUCACCAGCCUCUCCCGCGGGAUCUGCUCAUCUCUCUGCCGUUAGCUCUGGGAUUCAUCAUGCUUCGUUAUGCAUUUGAGAGAGGUGUAGCACGUCCUCUGAGCAGAGCUUUAGGAGUUAAAGAUCGAGUUUGUUUGAAAGUCAUUCCUGCCCCAAAUCUGGAGGCCUUUUACUGUAAAAACAGCAGACAACCAACGCAGAAUGAGAUUGCCAGCCUCGUGAACCAGAGCAACUUGACUUAUAGGCAGGUUGAGACCUGGUUCCGUAACCGUAGAAACCAGGAUCGGCCGAGCAACAUUAAGAAGUUCUGUGAGGCCAGCUGGAGAUUUGUGUUCUACCUAGUUGCUUUCACCGCGGGACUUGCGUCUUUAAUUAACACAUCGUGGUUCUGGGAACAGAGAGACUGCUGGAGGGGAUAUCCUCAACAGCCCGUGCAGGAUGUUCAUUACUGGUACUACAUGCUUGAGCUGGGGUUCUACUGGUCUCUUUUGCUCUGUGUGUCUGUGGACGUUAAACGAAAAGAUUUCAAAGAACAGAUCGUCCAUCACUUUGCCACGAUAUUCUUGCUCGGUUUCUCGUACUGCUCCAACUACAUUCGGGUUGGCACGCUGGUGAUGCUCGUCCAUGACUCCUCGGAUUUCCUCCUCGAGUCUGCCAAGAUGCUCCACUAUGCCGGGUGGAAAAAAACCUGUGAUUCUUUGUUUGUGAUUUUUGCUGUUGUAUUUCUGGUCACACGUCUGGUUGUGUUUCCGAGCAAGAUCAUCUACACUACUCUUGUUUUAUCUAUGGAAAUGUUUGAACCCUUUAUGGGAUAUUAUUUCUUUAAUGUUCUGCUGCUGGUGCUGCAGGCCCUGCACAUUUACUGGGCUUAUCUUAUCUUCAGAAUGAUCUACAAGUUCCUUCUCUUAGGGAAGCUGGACAAAGAUGAACGUAGUGAUGUUGAGACUGACCCAGAAGAGGAAGAGAAGGAAGAGGAUCAUUCUUCCUGGAGGAAGAGGAAGGUUGUGCUGGAUUCCAGGCUGGUCAUGCUCGGCUCUAGCUGUGUCCUAAAUAACUUGACCAAUCAGAAAGCUGGCACAAACAGACGACUGCCUAAAGCUAGAUAGCAACAAUGAUGUAGCCUACUUGUUUCAAAAUCAAACAGAUAAGCUGAGGUGUGUUACAUGUACAAAUCAUCGUUUAUCUAGAUUUUUCUGUACUAAAUUGCAUUUAUUUUAAGAAUGUUGUAGUAAGAACAUCUACUAUCAAAUACAUUAUGCUUAACAAAGACACAAAAGAACACAUAAUACUAAACUGCAUCUGUGCUGGAAUCUCUUGUACACAAAUUACUAAGGAUGAAGUAGUUUUGUGGGUUGGGUAGACUACGAAUAUCUUAAUGUUAACUCUUAUUAUAUUGUUGCCCAGAAAAUGCACAUACACUCAUUUUUGCUUCGUUAUAAGAGCAGAAUUGAAUGAGAACACUAAUUGCUGAUAUGCAUUUAACUCAUAAACUGAAACAGAUCUGCACUGUAAAUCUACACUCAAAAAAAUACAUUUAAGAUUUACCCAUUUCAAUUUCAUAAAGAAAUUACAUCAAACUGAAUUGCGUAAUCUUUCAUAAAAUACAAAUAAAAAAACUAAAUAUUACUAUUAAUAUUUACAAUUAAAUAUUAUUAGAAAUAUUAUGCAAUUCAUGGAAUUUUGUUGUAAAUUGAAAUGCGGAAAUCUUACAAAUAGGCUAAAAUAUUUUUUGAGCGUACUCUGAAAGCGUUAGUAUGUUUAAUGAUUUAUCUUGUAAAUAGAGCCACUGUAGGUUUUAUUAUGGCUAUCACUGAUAUUUGUUUUAAUGUAUUCUGGUAGAUAUAUUAAUUAUAUUGUGAAAUAUAUUUUCUCAUUCCUUUUAAUCCAUCAACGUUCAGUUUUAUCUUUAACCUUAAUAAAUACAUACAUGUAAACUUUACAUUUGAUUACAGUUUUUC